AGUCAGCAUUCACUUGACGAGGAAGAAUACGGAAGUAGGAAGCAAUCUUGGAAUCUCAGGAUCGUCGCACAUCAGUCGUCUUUGUAAAAUGACAGAAUCUAAAGCACAAAAUAUGAGCUCUGCUCCCUUUGAUGCCUUCAGCAACUUAAGGGUCACGUCUAUAUGGACAUUCCUGCAAACUAUCCAGUGGACUGAGCCAUGGCUGAUGGGUCUCCUCGCGUUCCACGCAUUUUGUUUUAUCGCCACUCUGUUUACCUGCAAAUACUACCGUCUUCAGAUAUGUCUGUUCUUAAUGAUGGUUGGAAUGGUAGCCAGUGCAGAGUAUCUGAAUGAGUUUGCAGCUAUGAAUUGGAGCUUGUUCUCCAAGUUCCAGUAUUUCGACUCCAAAGGAAUGUUCAUCUCUUUGGUCUAUUCAGUCCCUCUUCUGUUCAAUACCAUCAUCAUUGUGGCUGUGUGGGUGUAUCGCACCUUCUGCACCAUGACUGAGUUGAAGACGCUGCAGCUGAAGAGGAAAGUGGCUCGACACCAGAGCCAGAAGAAGACUCAGUAACUCGGACUCCCCGACAGCCACUGAGGCACUCUCUGAACCCGGCCCUCACAGAAACAACCGCUGGCACGACCAGAGUUUCACACGCUGGUGUGAUGUCGCCUACACACCAUGCAUCUUUUUCAGUGUCAGCCAGUUUGUAUUUUAUUCCUUACAACCAUGGUCUGUUUAAUCAGGACUGAGCAAGUACAAGAUGAUUGUGGAACUGAAUGCUGGCACCACAGCGAAGCCUUGGCAGCCUUGAUAAGAUAUUCAGAGGCCUAUGUUUAGAGAAGGUCUACUUUAUUUAUGUGUCAGAUUUAGGUGAUCACCAUUGCGUGCAUGUGUGUGUGCGUGCGAGAGACCGUGUGUGUGUGUGUGUGUGUGUGUGUGUGUGUGUGUGUGUGUGUGUGUGUGUGUGUGUGUGUGUGUGUGUGUGUGUGUGUGUGUGUGUGUGUGUGUGUGUGUGUGUGUGUGUGUGUGUGUGUGUGUGUGUGUGUGUGUGUGUGUGUGUGUGUGUGUGUGUGUGUGUGUGUGUGUGUGUUGUUUUUUUUGUGGGACUGAGGUAAUUGCAAUUGUGUUCAAAUGCACACUUUGCUCCGCUGCUGAAUUUGACCACAUCCGCCCUUACCACAUCUGCCCUCAGAGCUCAAAGACGGAGUAUUAUUAUUGUGUCUCUCUGGAAGAACAGAGCACUAUGUGUGCAUUUGCAUUAAUCCAUCAAUAGGGGGCGUACAAAGUCCUGAGGUCGGUGCAGUGAGCUCUGUUGGUCUGCUAUAUGGAUUGAUGAAAAAUGUAGCAUAUUAUCACUCUUGUGGUGGACUGUUCUCAUGAAUAUGCAAUUUGUUUUUAAAUAGAAUGUAUGUCUUUUUUUAUUUAUUUCUGUAAACAGUUGAUUCUGGGGGCAUUUGCUUAGAACAUUACGGCAGUUGUACAUAAGCAACAUUCCUGAAUUUGUCUCUAUGGGACUAUGAAAAUAAAUUACAAUAACUCUGAAAA